UAGGUAAUUUAGCUGAGUGCGCUGGUUACGAAGCCUUGUUCCAUAGUAGUGCGCAAACGCUACUUUAGUUGAGUAAGUUGAGUGAGUGAAUGAGAGAGAAUGGAGCCAACGUCAGUGGUCGAGCUUAUUUUUUUCUGCAUCCCCGAGAUGACUAAUGCCGACGACAAAGAGGAGAUGCAACCAUGAUUAUAGUGUAAACAAUCCGUACAGUAUGCAGAGAAGUCAGUAGCCUGAGCCGAAUUCCAUUGCGAAUAACGUGCCAACAAUAAAGUAAAGGUGGAUGGAUAAUUGGAAAACGGCGUAAAAGUCCUAAAAAUAUAUGAUUGUUUUAUUUGUGAUAAGUCUGUGAUAAAUGAUAGUAGAUAACGAGUGUCUGUUUGUCCGUGUUGCAUUUGCAAAGUGACUCAUAUACAUUCAAUUCAUUAGUGUUAUUGUGGUCAAUGGCCUAAGGAUAAAAUGAGUGCACCAACGCCAGCUCCGAGGAAGGUGGAAGGCAAGAAGCCCAUACCAGCUCCACGAACUUUAAUCCCAAUUCAGACUGAGCAAACCUCGAGCGAGUCCAGCUACGAGGAGCAAGAACCGAUGGAUGGAAAGACGACGUUCAGCAGAAAAGUACGAUCCAUAAGCAAUGUGUCCAAACAGCUCGCCGACGACAUCGGAAGCAAAAUGCAGGAGACCGUUGAAUCCACCAGGCAGAGUAUGCGGAGGAUUACCAAGAGGUUUACGACCAACUUCUCGGAUGAAUCAGAGGUGGAAGGUGCUUCCCAGAUGGAGUACGUCGAGAAUGAGGACCUAAACAUGUUCAAUUCCAUACAUUUCGAUUCGCCCCUGCGGACUCCAACAUCGCCUAUCUAUUCAAACACCUCUGAACCAGAUGAAUAUUACGAGAGACCACCUCCGACCUAUCCACCACCUCCAUUAAGGGAAGAAGUCUACGAUCAACCACAGUCUUUGGCUUCGGGCAGUACAAAUAGCUCAGAAGGUGGUGCGACGAAGAAAGUUCACGAGAACUAUGAAUCGGUUUAUCCUAGUUAUCCUUACAACAGUGAUUCUGAGAGCUGUGUGGAUAUGACGGCAGGUACCUUAGACAGAAGUGUGACAUUGUCCAGGUCAGAAUCUUGGGUCUUGUAUGAUUCAGUGCAAGAGCCUGUCUACAACAAUGUUGACAAUACACCAGUUCUACCUGCUGUGAAAGAAGAAAUCCCAUCACCUAAACUCUUCAUGAGAAAUAAUUCCUGCUACGAAAAUCAUUCAAUAACUUUCGACAAUAGGAGCGUGGUGACUCCGAGCGUAUUGAUGGAAUUCGAUCCACUACAGAAUAACAAUGAUGCAGCCUCCAUGACGGGAAGAAGCGAUUUGAAUGAGCUGGAGAAAUCGCUUCAAGGUGAACUUUACGGUAACAUUAGCAUAGACAACAUCAGUUUAUUCGACGAAGCCAGUGACGAAGAAACGUACAUUAAUCCGCCGCCUCCUCCACCUCCUAUUCGAUUCGACUCUUUGUCUGAAGAAAGCCAAUCUAACAAUGAAAAUAGUCGAACCAAUUGGUUUAUAGACGGAGACCAUGUGGAGACGACUAAGAGCGAAGGACGGGCGCAUGCUUGGCUAAACAAAGCUCAGAACUUGUUGAAGAAAGCACCGGAAAUAGUUGAGCUGGUGAAGGGAUUUAAAAAUAAAGAUAAUGUUAUCCAAAGGCCGACAUUAUCUCCCAGAGGUAUCAUACAACAAAAGGGUAUGCUAUACAAGAUCACAAGUGGUCCUGUUGAGGAUCUAUUCGGGGAGUUCAGCAGCAGAUGGUGCGUUCUGCAAAGCGGAACUUUUAUAGCAUACUCUGAUACCAUGUCGGAUAACAUUAAGGAGAAUAUACCUAUGGAUUCCAUAAUUAGUAUUCAAAUACUGCAGGAGCAGAAACACAAGCACAAAUGCGAAAAUGAGGAGCUCCACUCCUUCGAGCUAAACGUCGCUGGUAAAUUACGUGAUAAACAUAUAUUUGGUACAAAAAGUUUCUCGGAGAGAAGAGUUUGGAUGCAGAAGUUGUCGGAAAACUUGACGAGUCGGUUUCUUCCUAAAGUGACAUCAGAUUUCACGAGAUUCGGAUGGACUUACAUGAAGGAAGGUCUGCACGGCCAAUGGGUAGGAGCCUGGCUGGUAUUAAGUAAAAGGGAAUUGAUAUUUGCGAAAGAUAAUUUACCAACAAAUACAUUGGAUCUAAGGAAAGCUCGGUGUUUCAAGUUGGAAGCUGUGCAAGAUUUCAGCAACACCCCAUCCACGACUGACAGAGGCCCAAAUUUAGUUAUCCACUUUACUUUCGGUACAUACUACUUUCGAAUGUGGACACAGAAGGAAACUAAAGCCUGGUGUCGCAUUAUAAAAUUAUCUGCUCAAAAUAAUGGACCCAGUUUAGAGCAACAGCAACUGACUAAGAACAGUAUUCCUGUUAUUGUCGAAAAAUGCGUGAACUUUGUGUAUGUCUAUGGAAGCAUGACCGAAGGUAUUUAUCGACGAGCCGGAAGUAACUCAAUCAUUUCCGAUAUUAUAACCUUGUUCCGAACGGAUGCCUGGUCGGUCCAAUUAACUCACAAAUACAGCGUCCAUGACGUGGCAACAGCACUGAAGCGGUUCUUCCGUGACCUGGUGGAACCGCUGAUCGACAACAAGAAAAUCGAAUACUUGUAUCAAGUAUCUAAAGUUAAAGAUAAGAAUGAGAAAAUUAGGAUGUUUCGUAACAUCUUCGAUCAGUCCCAAGGCGAAGAUGUCUCGGUUUCUAUGAACACCACUAAAUUCCUAUUAGGCCAUCUACACUUCAUCAGCACUCAAAGCAACAAAAAUCUGAUGCACGUAGAUAACUUAGCAGCAGUUUGGGCUCCAACACUGCUCCAUCAAGAUGGAGGUGACAAAACUGGUAAAGAUCAUACUAUCAUUACCGAGUUAAUCAGAUUGUAUAAAGAUAUCUUUCCUGAGGACAACAAAGAAAUCGAACAAGAAAUGAAAAUGCUUUCGGUUCUUGAAAAAUACAACCAGUCACCUCAAGGUGCUGUCAACGUUAAGUCCUCCGGUGAUUUCCGCGUUUGGGUUUACGACUUUUCCAAGGAAGGCAAAACCCGUAAUAUUUUGAUCGGACCACAUAAAACGGCGUACGAGAUUAUUUGCGAAGUCGGAUUGGACUUAAAAAUACCAGUCAACGAAUUAGUGCUCGAAGAAUCCGUGUUGAAUGGUAGUUUGUGCAGACCUCUACAUCACAAAGCGAAGGUUUUGGAUGUUGUGUUGAAAUGGGGCUACUGGGAUGACAACGAUCGUAAAGAUAACUGUUUGAUAAUCAACAAAAUAAGUAAAUAUUUUGAAAUUCUCAAUAACAACUCGUUGCCAUUACAAGCGGAGCUCAAGUUCGCCGAUCACAAAAGCAAAAACAUGAAACCGUUCAUGUUCGAGUUCCUACAGGCCAAACUCGUACAAUACAAAGAUAAGAGUUGUUCCAACAAACUGGAUUCAUGGAAUAUAGAGGAUAUAGCUUGGUACUUUGGUAAUGAGGUCAAACGAAAUGUACCGACCAAACACACAAUAACUUUCCUGAGGAAAACCGAUACACCUACACGUAGCAAAUCCUCUCCGUGGUUUGGGAACGUUCUGUCCUGGAACGACAUAUCCUUGAGAGCCUUAUGGUUGUCAUCCAUGUGGAAUGCAGAGCAUCCUAAUGACAUUAUGCCGCCACCUCAGCACGUCAACCUCAUGUCAGGGUGAAACACCCAGCAAGUCUGCAAACGAAUUACGAAAAUUGCCGAAAUAUGACGAUCUUAUUUAUGAUCCUGCAAUAUUGCCACUUAAUUUGCAAGCAAACAAUUAUAUUUUGCCAUUUAAUUAUAGUUACCUACACUUAUUAAGAGCAUUCAAUUUCGAUUAUCUUAAAUAUGUUUAAAAACUCCAAUAAACACUAUUGUUUAAAA